ACGCCCUGGCAGAGGCGGGGCGGGCGGGACUGGGCGUAUUUGAGACGUGGACCUGCAGCACCGUCGGGGACCAAACGACCUCGCCAGCAGCCACACUCGGAGCGAGCGAGCGAGCGAGUGAGUGCCCAGGAGUGUGGAAAAUGGCGGACAGUUUUUCGCUUAAUGAUGCCCUUUCUGGGUCUGGGAACCCCAACCCUCAAGGAUGGCCUGGUCAAUGGGGAAACCAGCCUGCUGGGGCAGGGGGCUACCCGGGGGCUUCCUAUCCUGGAGCCUACCCCGGACAGGCACCUCCUGGCGGUGGCUACCCCGGACAGGCACCUCCUGGCGGUGCCUACCCCGGACAGGCACCUCCUGGUGGUGCCUACCCUGGACAGGCACCUCCUGGUGGCACCUACCCCGGACAGGCACCUCCCGGCGCCUACCCUGGUUUUACAGCACCUGCUUAUCCUGGACCGACUGCGCCGACUGCUCCUGCGCCAGGAGCCUACCCUGGACAACCAAGUGGGCCUGGGGCCUACCCUGGUGCCGGCCCCACUGGUGUCCCUGCAGGACCACUGACUGUGCCUUAUAACCUGGCUUUCCCUGGAGGAGUCAUGCCUCGCAUGCUGAUAACAAUCCUGGGCACAGUGAAGCCCAAUGCAAACAGACUUGCUUUAGAUUUCAAGAGAGGGAAUGAUGUCGCCUUCCACUUUAAUCCACGCUUCAAUGAAGACAACAGGAGAGUCAUUGUUUGCAAUUCAAUGCUGAAUAGUAACUGGGGACGGGAAGAAAGACAGUCGGUUUUCCCAUUUGAAAGUGGUAAACCAUUCAAAAUACAAGUGCUGGUGGAAUCUGACCACUUCAAGGUUGCAGUCAAUGAUGCUCACUUGUUGCAGUACAAUCAUCGUAUGACGAACCUCAAGGAAAUCAGCGCAGUGAAAAUUUCUGGUGACAUUGACCUCACCAGUGCUUCAUACUCCAUGAUAUAAUCUUAAAGGGUCAGGUCUUCUUAAAAAUGAUACUGAAUAUAAACAUUACCCACUUAAAAGUUUCAUGUUUACUACAAGUGAAAAAUUUUACCUUUAUUCAACGAUGUCCUUCAUGUAAUUCAUCCAUUUAAUAAAUAUUCUCAGAGUUA